ACAUUAUUUAUUUAAUAUCAUUACUUAUAAGUAUAUUAUAUAAACUGAUAGUGCAUGUUAUUAAUUACAGUAUUUUCCAUAAUGGUUACUUCAACAUUUAAAAUAAAUAACACAGACUAUAAUGAUCAAAUAAUUUUCAAUCGACCAGUAUUACCCAGUAUUGAUCGGUUUUAACCAGUAUUGACCACCGGCCCGGUGAAUACUCAUAUUGACCACUUUUUUGCCAACCCUGGUUGAGACAGUCAGGGAGCCCUUUGUAUGCAAAUUCAUAGACCUAAUGAAUAGUGCAACACAUCCACACCAUAGAAAGGGAUAUUUACAUGGAACAUUAAUGUUAGAUGUGCUUCUGGACAGUUCCAACGCCACAAAUAUUCCAACUCAGGUGAAGCAGGAAAUCGAUCAAGGUCUUGCUUUAUUUUCUUCUUCCUUUGAAGUGCAGGGCCUUGUGGGCAUCAUCGCACAUGUUAAUUUUAAAGGGGACACUAGGUGGUAAUGAGUUCCACAGGCGGAUCCCCGAUGGUAAAAAGAUCCUUUGAAUGUGUCUGUUCUGGCAUAAAGGAUCUGCAGUCGAUGUUGAUGGCCUCUAAUACACGCGGCAGCACAAUAAGGUGGAGGAAAGAUGAAGAUUUAUGCACUUCACUCAAGCUUGUUACAAAAAUUGAUAACUGAGAUAUCUAGAAAUUGUGGAAAUUGAUCAAUAUAAACAAUUGACACAAUAUUCAUUUCCCAAUGGUAGGUAUCCCCCAUAUAAUGCAGUCUAGACCUACAUGUAUUGUGCAGUUCUCCAAGGAGAGGAGGGAUAUUCUACUAUUACGACAACAACACCGAUGGUAGCUUUAAAGAGUACGAACGCUUACUAAGAUGAAAUUGACAUAAACAGUGUUAAACAGAUAUGCUUCGUCGCCCUCGCACUUUCUGCUUGAGUGGCCUAAUCGGAUUUUUCUUCCUGAUAACCGGAGUGUCGGGAUCGGGAUUCAACCUUGUACUUUCAGUUUGUGCCACCAUCAUAUCUUGGAAAUGCAAAGGUCAAGAAAUAUUAUUUGUCAGUAAAAAUGCAGUGUUUGACAACAAAAAAGCCAUCCGAGGAGGAAUCCCUUUAGUUUUCCCUUGCUUUGGUCCGUGGGAAAAUGGACCUCAACAUGGAUUUGCUCGAAUAAAAAGAUGGAAAAAAGAAAAUGAACCAAAACAGGGUGGUGAGAGAGCCUCUGUUUCUUUCUCAUUGGAGGAGGAUGAGGAGACCAGAAAAAUGUGGGAUUUCAGAUUUAAACUUGUAUACAAUGUUGAUGUUGGAGAAAAUGAUCUGAAGCUUACUCUGACAGUGAACAACAGUGAUUCUAAGACAUUCGAUUUCACCACUCUAAUGCACACAUACUUGAGAUGUUCUGACAUAGCCGAUAUAAAAAUCCAAGGCUUAGAAGGACUUCAAUAUAAUGACAAGGUUGCAGGAGGAAUUGUAUCAACAGAAGAGAGGAAAACUGUGUCUGUGGACAAAAAUUAUGACAGAGUGUAUAUGAAAUGUGGAAAUGACAAAGUGAAAGUAGAAAGUGUUGGUGAUGGGAAGACAUCAGUCAGCUUGCUGCUCUCCAGCCUUCCGGAUGUAGUUGUAUGGAAUCCAUGGGAAGAGAAAGCCAAAUCCAUGUCAGACUUUGGUGAUGAGGAGUACAAGACAAUGGUAUGUGUAGAAGCAGGAGCUGUGUCACAGUCAGUCUCCGCCCCGGCGGGGGGAUCAGUUCAGUUCUCCCAGACAUUGAGGAUAUAGACUAAAAUGGAGAAAAACAUUUCUUGUGUCAGUACAGAUCAAUAUGUUUGACAGAGCUAGAACAUAUGCACCAAUUUUAUAUUCAGUUAAAUUUUGAAUGUAUUUAUUUUUUCUGCUUUAUAUAAAUAUCCUACAUAUUAUCUAUCUAAUUCAUAUAUGCUUUAAAUCAUUAUUUGAAUUAUACAUUCCAUGCAUAUUGACAUUUCUUACUGUAAAUUAAUCAUUUUAAACGAUGUAUAUGAUUUUGAAAUAAUACUGUAUGGAAAUAGUACUGUGCUGUCAUAUAAAGCCAUUAGAUUUGGAAGAUAUACUAGACAUAUGUUAUUAUAUAUACACAUUGUAUAUGUACACCAUGUAUUUCAUAACUUACAAAUAUACUUUAAUAAAAUACUUCAAAUAACCCAA